GCGCGCGCGGCCCUGUUGCUGCGGCAACGGCGGCCUCGCGGGCGCCCCUCAGCGAGCGGCGAGGCACCGGCGGGCCGGGAGCUGGGCGGGCGGCGGGACCCGCCGGCCCCGGACCCGCCGGCCCCGUCCCCGCCCCAGGCUGGAGCGCUACGCGUCGCGCUGUGUGACCUCCCGUGCGGCUGCUCGCGGCGGUCUUCCGUGUGGUGGCCUUUUAAAACGUGAGCGGUCUCCUCAGGACAGAGUGAGGGCUCACCGGGGACUUGCAGGCAGCCACCUGACAGAAGAGACCAGCACCCACUUGUUGACCUUCCUAUUCUGAGCUGUGAAAAAAAGAAAGAGAUCCUACAUUGGUGGCUUGAAGAGCUCAGUGUUGUGUGUUAGGGAGCAACGAGGGCUGCUGCUUGCUCAGGGAGGGAGCCCAGGAGCACACAGAAUUCUUCUGAAGACUUAAAGCCCAUUUCUAAUGUGCUUGAAAACAUGGAGAGCAAAAUCCCAAGUCUGCAUGAGGACAAAGUUGAAUGUUAUGGAUGUUGCAGAAACUGGCAAAGAUAUCAAAAUACAACCUCUGCUCUUGGAAAAAAUCAAAUGAAAUAAAGGAUUUGUUAAAACAAUGUACAAGAAAGGCAGAAAAUCCAACCAUUACUGAGACUGUGAAAACGCACCGCAUUAAACUUCUCUAAAGAGAAGUACAAAGACACAAACCAUCCAAUGAACCCUGCAACAGUCUGGCAGCAGCAAUCAUCCAAUCAACAAAAAUAAAGCUCAUGCCUACAGCAUUCCAACCAUCAGCCUGCUGAAUUUUCACUAUCCUUUCUUCACCUGUGCUACAGGGCAUUAUGCUGACCAUGACAGUUGCAGACCUUAAAUUCCUCUGAUAGAGCAUUUGAGGUCAACUGCCAAGCUCUCAGUGGAGAUGGAGUAAAGCACCUUUAUCUAAGCCUUCACUAACACAGUACUCAGCCGUGACUCAGAGAGGAGAGCUUCCUCUACUCUUAUUUGAAGUCAGAGGCACCACCAAGGAGUUGAAUGAUUUAUUUAUGAGGACUGUUCCUUAACUAUCCGCCUGCAGAUCACAAGGCCUCUCAGCGCUUAUGCCUUCAGGCUAACUUGAAACAGAUAUUCUCAGCAGUGCAUGGUCCUGUUAGUCCACAUUGCAGUUCCACGUGCUUCACACUGUCCACCAUGCCAACCUUACCUGAAGAGAAGGGGCAAUCAAAAGAGGCACAACACAACAGUUCUCCUCCAGCCAAAGAGAUGCUUCCCCACCUUUUCCCUGCGUGCACAAAUGCACACACAUUCACAAAACAGUUCUGAGAAAAAGAAAAUGAACCUUACACCACAUGUAGUUUCUUGCUUACUUCAGGACACUACUGUUGAAGGGACAACAUGCAGUACACCUUCUGUUGUUCUUCCAGAGAAUGCUGUUACGCCAGAUGUAGAAAUUGAUAAAAAUCUGCUUAACAGGCCUCGUAGUCCUCAUAGGAGACAUUCUAAUCGUGCCACUAGGAAUCCAACAAGUUCAUUGACUUCUGUUGACAACAGCGGUCAUGUGAUUGAUCUGGUAAAUGAUCAGCUACCAGAUGUCAAAAUAUCAGAGGAAGACAAAAAGAAGAACCUUGAAUUACUAGAAGAAGCAAAGAAAGUGAGCGAGAGGUUUCUAAUGCGCAGAGGCAGAAAGUCAAGAGGCAGCCUUCCGGAAUCACCCACAGCGGUUUCCCCUACACUUAGUCCUAAAGUUUCACCAGUAGCAUCUCGGAGCAGCUCUCUCACUCUUCCAGUUCCAUCAGGGUCUGAUGCAUGCACAACCACUAGUGUUGAGUCAGUAUCUCCAGGGCAGAAUAACAGAACUGUCAAAGAGGAUGACAGGCAAACUGCAGAGAAUGCUGCAAAAGGAUUAAUUGAUCGAAGGCAGAAUGAUCAAAGAAAGAUUUCUCAGGGAAGGUUGGUUCCUCGUUCUGGCGGUUUUGAAAACUCCAAAGAGAAGCUCUCAGAGCAAAAAGAAAACUUUGAUCCACGUAAACAUAUGGAUACUUUACCUAAAUGCUCCCCUUCAGGUAGUGAUGGUGGCAGAACGUCUCUUAACACUUGCAUGAAUGUUUGUGAAAAUGAACUUGGAAAGUCAUUCCUCAAGAAAGCAAAAGAUAAUGAUGUUCCUUUAAGAACCCAUCUACCAGGACCAGGAAUAGGAAAUAUAGACUCGAAGCUAAAAAUUCCUGUUCCAGAAAUGAGGGACCAUAAAGUUUCAUGUAAACCAGAAUUUAAACUGUGUGGAGUACGUCCUCCUCUACUACGGGCUGUAUCAUGGGAUAGCUUGGAGCAUGGACAGAAGGAUAAAACACCUUUAAAAUUACCAUCUGAGGAAGAUAAAAGCUUUGUUGUUGGUAAUAAACCCACCAAUCAAUUAAAAGCAUUCAAAGACCUUCAAAUCCAAGUUCAACCAGUUCGAAUGCAGAAAUUGACAAAGCUCAGAGAGGAGCAUAUUUUGAUGAGAAAUCAAAAUUUAGUUGGACUUAAACUUCCUGAACUUAGUGAAGCAGCUGAACAGGAAAAAGGCCCUUCACCUCUCCCUUCCCCCACUGAAGAGGAAGAGACAAAGAAUAGCUCUGAUGUCAUGCCCAGCAUUCCUGAUGUAUUGCUGCGAAAACUACGAGUGCACAAAUCGCUUCCAGGAAGCUCCCCUCCACUUACUGAAAAAGAAGUUGAGAAUGUAUUUGUACAACUUUCCUUGGCCUUUAGAAAUGAUAGUUAUACCUUGGAAUCUAGAAUUAACCAAGCAGAGAGAGAAAGAAAUCUCACUGAAGAGAAUGCUGAGAAGGAACUGGAAAACUUUAAAGCAGCCAUUACGUCUUCAGCUCAUUUAUGGCAUCACUAUGAACACAGAGAAGCUUACCAGAAGCUAUUGGAGGAUAUUGCUGUUCUGCGGCGUUUAGCUGCUAGACUAUCUAGUCGUGCUGAGAUGGUUGGAGCCGUUCGCCAGGAGAAGCGUAUGUCAAAGGCAACAGAAGUAAUGAUGCAGUAUGUGGAAAAUCUGAAAAGAACAUAUGAAAAGGAUCAUGCUGAAUUAAUGGAGUUCAAGAAACUUGCCAAUCAGAAUUCUAGCAGAAGCUAUGGUGCACCUGAAGAUGGAGUACCUCGUUCAUCUAGAUCCAUGUCUCUUACUGUUGGAAAGAAUAUGCCUCGGAGGAGAGUCAGUGUUGCUGUUGUUCCUAAAUUUAACUCCUUAAACAUUCCUGGUCAGUCACCAACAGCUUCACCCAUACCUUCAAUGCCAUCCCUGUCUGAGUCACCUAGUAAUGGAAGAAGCAAUCUAACAUCUACUCCUGUUCUGCCAGCACUUUUAGAAAAUGGAAAGACUAAUGGAGAGCCUGAGUGUGAAACCUCUACUUCUGUGCUGACACAGAGUGGGUUGGAAGAGAUCAAUCCUGAAACUAAAGCCAAGAUAGAAGAGGAAGCAUAUAACAAAGGCUAUCAGGAAGGCUUGAAGAAAACCAAAGAACUUCAGGAACUGAAGGAAGAAGAUGAAGACACACCAAAAGAAAGUCAUGAUGAACAUGAAGAAAGUGAAAAUGAAGAUGAGAUAAAAAACCUGAAAAGCAGCAGACUUGAAGUCAUCAUUAAUUAUUUACAUAUACUGUACCCCAAACUGUGUAAACACUGGAAUGUGGUAUGGCUUGUAGUGGCUGCGAUAAUCAUUUUUGCUGUGGUGUUGGGAAUAUACCAUUCAUACAACUCCUGUGAUGAAAAAUCAGAGGGACCUGAAGGGAAGGCCAGCUGUUCUGCUGCCCAUCAGUAUUCCUGGUGGAACUCAGGAUUUCAACAUGAGCAACGCACUGAAUAACAAAGGAACAAUCAUGUAUUUAUGGUACCUGAGCAAGUAUGCAUAUUAGAACACUGUUUUUAAAGGUAGUGCUUAGUCAUCCUUAUGGCUGUUAAAUGUGAUCUGUUAGACAAGUGAGUUACUCCACACCAUGAGGUUUGGGGAUACAUUGUGAACGUACCUUGCCAAAAUGACAAUCUGAUAAAUAAUCUUGUCUGUCCUCUUAUUGUAAAUGACUGAUACAAAUAAAGUAAUAUUGAAUCAUAAGGUUGUGGCAGUAAUGAGCAACCAGCAUGACAUUUAAAAGAAUGAUUUGCACAGGACAUUGACAUCUUUGCUAUAAUUUUGAAGGAAAUCAUAAAACCUGCAUUUGCAGUUAGUGCUUUAUUUUGCAUUUCCUGAAUUUAUUGGUGAUUGUUGAAGUACUAAUGCCAUUUAAGUCCUUUGGGUUUUAAGAGUCUAAUUCAUUUCCUUAUUCAUGAUUAUUGCGUAGAAAUAGAAGCUCUUCUAUGGAACGUUAGAAUUAUCUUAUCAGACCAAAUGCCAUGCUGAUAAAGUAAUUUUAUAAGAGGAGUUAUCUGUAUGAUUAUUUAAAUGGAAUACUAAGUACAUGCAUAAAUGUGUUUUAUGAUAUACUUUAAGAAUGGGACCACCACUUUUUUUUAAAUGGGAUACACAACAAAACCUAAAAUGAGCUUUAGGUGGCACAGUUGAUAUCGUCAAAUAAAUCUCGGAACUUACAAUAUAUCAAAGGGACAUGCUUUGCAACAAAUUUGUGUAUCCCACUCAGAGUCAAUACUGGUUACAGCAAAAAGUAGUCGCUGUCUGGAAGAUUAGAUGUGUUGCCCAAGCCCACAAUACAGCAGUCUUGGACAUGGGAAGCAAUCUUCAAUACUUUAAAAAAAAAAAAAAAAAAAAAAGAGAGAGAGAGAGAGAAAAAAAACCUCUUCAAACCUCUGUAUACUAGUGAUCACGCUAAGUGGACUCUGCCCUCCUGCUAAUACUGGAAAUAGAUAUCCUUUGAGAUCUGCAUUAGGAACACAGUUCUGCAUACAGCCAAAACCCUACCAGUGCCUAGAUGAAUCAGGACAUGAGAGCAGUGAGGACUUUAAAGCAGUCACUGCAUGUUUUUCGUAGUUCAUUUUCAGAAUCUGAUGCCAAGUAUAUAAGUGUUCUGAUAUGCUUUCAAAUAUAAACUAUGAGGUCAUGAUAGAUUAAUCUUUUGCCCAGAUUUUUCAACAGUUCUGCCUAUUUGGGAGUUGUGAGUUCUUACACAAGAAUGUGAAAGCCUGAAAUUUUUAAACAAGCAACUUCAAAAUGGUGAAGCCAUUACCUGUAAAAAACCACACCACCUGGGGCUGGGACCAAAACAUGUCACUUAAGGUAUACCAUGUGUACCUGCUGAACAUCACUUCUGAUUGAAGAUGAACUAUGUCUUUCAUAGCUAUAUGCUUGAGUCUAACCACAAUACCAAAAUCAGUGUGAUUGCAUUCUUCUGGUAUUUUCUGACUGAUUAGCAAGUCUGUUUACCAACUGAAGGAUAAGUAUGUUAUGAAGGACUGUAAUUUCAGUUCAGAUGCAGUUAGUAUUGUCUUGUUUUCUUUUGGUGUAAACACUGAACCUCAAGCUAACUAUCAAAGAAAACAGGUUUCUAACUCAGUCAGAAAUUUAAUUCACAUAUCUGGCACCAGUAACAUAUAUCCUGCUGGUGAAUUUUGUUUGUUACAUCUUUAGCCACAUGUUUCUUAAGAGACAUUUAUAUGGAGAAAGAAAAGAAAAAUUUUAAAAAGUAGAUUAAAAAAAAAAAAGCAGACCACUACCACUUUUUUGGGGGCAGGAGAAGCGGGGGGGGGGAGUCUAUAAGCAGUUGGGAGGUUUGUUUUUUAUUUUAAAGUAUAUAUUGUUGAGGAAUAUUUAAUAAGUGUGCUUAAGGAAGUUCAAAAAGGAUAAUGGGAAAGUGUCAUUUGGUCUAAAAUUGUAAUUGGUAAAGAAUAAGACAGAAGUAAGUUUCUUGCAAAUUACUUGGUAUCUGUUUGGUUCAGUUAGAAUAUCUGACUAUGAAGAACUACUGUGACAUUUCACAUACUUUCAGUAUUUGAAGAACCUUGUCAGUUGCUCUUUGAAUACUUUAUUAAAAUCAGCUUCUUUAACUUAAUAUUCUUUACAAAUAACGUUGAUAACUUAAUAAGGCAAUAAAAAUUGAAGGUGAAUAGUCCUGAAGAUUCAGAAUCCUCUAUGCCAAAAAUUAUGGCACAUCUUUGAUUAUGUGAUUAUGGAAAUGUUGGGCUGCACUGAGGAAAAAUAAACAACAGUGACUAUAAUCGAAUUAAUUAGCUCUUAUUUAAACCUGUACUGAUGUGGGUCCAACACCUUAUUUUAAAUACAUGUAGAAAGUUGUCGAUAUCAGUAGGACUCUUGAACUGCUUAAUGUUAAGCAUGUGCUAAAUUUUUUUUGCUCAGUGGGUGAACGAGGUCUCCAUCGUCUCUUGAAAUUCAGUACACUGGCUUUUUGUCGACUUGGGGCACAAGGGCAAAUUUCCAUAAGUAGAUAUACUGAUUUGAACUGAACUACUUGCAUGUCUAAGGCAAGUAUAAUUCAGCCACAAAAUUAUUAAUUGUUGCGGGGAAUGGACUGAAAGAGGCAAGAGAUUUUAAUGGGGAUGAAAAGAUGAAUAUAAAGUUUAUUUUUUAAAAAAUUGUUGUUCUUUUUAUAACUACUUUGAGCAAACUGUCCACUAAAAAUAAUGAACCACAAUGACUAACAGCACAUUAAAUAUUUUUGCUUAUAUUUUUCAGUUAGUUAAUGAAGACACCUUUUUUAAUAGGAAACUAGAUUGAGCUCAAAAACUAUUCUAAAUGUAAUUUUAUCUGUUGGAUAUUAGUUUGCUUUAUCCAGAAAAAAAACCCAACCUCUUCUGUGUUCAAAGAUCACAUCAGAUAACGAGAAAUAGAUCUAUUAUUUAUGCUAUUAACACAAAUAGUUUUGUUGAGGUGCAAUAUUUAUUUUUCUGCUUUAACAAGACACAUUUAUUGGUUUUCCUGCACAGCACAGAUGUUUCUAGUAAAAGAAUUUUAAAAGGGCACUAUUUUUGUGUAUCAUAUUUAAAUUUGUAAUAUUGUAAGAUUUUGCACAAGUGUGCUGGUAUUGUACUGUAUAGUAUCACAUACUUGAGUUUUGAAAUAAAAGUAUGGUUUCAAAGUC